UCUAUACUGACUUAACCAAGAUGGUAGCCUUUAACACGUUAUGGAAGCUCUGUGUAGUGGUGGCAUUCGGGCUGUCUGCCACAGCCACUUGUACCGAUGUAGCCCAGGAGCAACCCAAGAAGGAAUCGUUCGUCAGCAGAUUCUUUGGUAAGAAAGAGGAAGCUAAGACUCAACCUGUGGAAGUACAGCAAGAAGAGAUUACCAAGGCACAAGAAAACACUGACGCAGAAGAGCCACCCAAGUACUCUGUGGAAUGGUAUCUGUUACCCAAGCCCCAAAACAGAAAACACCUUCGUGAUAAGCUGCCAUAUGAUUUGGCCUAUUUUGUACAAAGGAAUUGUAACAGUCCAAUAUCACCCGAAGUGGAAAGAGAAAUUAGAGAGUAUUUAUUAUUGUAUACUGUUGACUGGUAUCUGUUACCGGAGCCAGAAAGCAGAACUGCCUUACGUUAUUCGUUACCAAGUAAUUUGGCCUCAAAGGUUCCGGAAAAUUGUAAUGAACCAAUAGACCCCGAAUUGGAAAAACGUAUUAGGAAGUAUUUCUCAUCGCUUCAGAAAAAGAAGAGGUGAAGGAUUCAAUGUUCAUAUAUUUUGC